AUGUUGAAAUUACCACAAAGUGUUAGGCCUCCAGAUAUUCUAGGUGUUAGACCUCCAUAUAUUCUAGGUGUUAGGCCUCUACAUAUUCUAGGUGUUAGACCUCCACAUAUUCUAGGUGUUAGGCCUCCCCAUAUUCUAGGUGUUAGACCUCCAUAUAUUCUAGGUGUUAGGCCUCCACAUAUUCUAGGUGUUAGACCUCCACAUAUUCUAAGUGUUAGACCACCAUAUAUUCUAGGUGUUACGCCUCCCCAUAUUCUAGGUGUUAGACCUCCACAUAUUCUAGGUGUUAGACCUCCACAUAUUCUAGGUGUUAGACCUCCCCAUAUUCUAGGUGUUAGACCUCCACAUAUUCUAGGUGUUAGAAUUCCACAUAUUCUAGGUGUUAGACCUCCACAUAUUCUAGGUGUUAAACCUCCACAUAUUCUAGAUGUUAAACCUCCACAUAUUCUAGGUGUUGGACCUCCACAUAUUCUAGGUGUUAGACCUCCACAUAUUCUAGGUGUUAGACCUCCACAUAUUCUAGGUGUUAGGCCACCAUAUAUUCUAGGUGUUAGACCUCCACAUAUUCUAGAUGUUAGACCUCCACAUAUUCUAGGUGUUAGACCACCAUAUAUUCUAGGUGUUAGGUCUCCACAUAUUCUAGAUGUUACACCUCCACAUAUUCUAGGUGUUAGACUUCCACAUAUUCUAGGUGUUACACCUCCACAUAUUCUAGAUGUUAGACCUCCACAUAUUCUAGGUGUUACACCUCCACAUAUUCUAGGUGUUACACCUCCACAUAUUCUAGGUGUUAGACCUCUACAUAUUCUAGAUGUUAAACUCCACAUAUUCUAG